CGUCAGUUCUGGAGUAGGGGGAGAGGGCAGCAGCAGCAGCGCAAGGAAGAAGUUUAGCUCGAACCGAACGCAUCAAACAACAGCUUAUUUCAUCUCAACAAUCCCUGGAAUCACCAUGGCGGCCGCGGACGUUGCAGUGAUGAAGAACGAUCUUACUCGUACACUGAAGCAAUCGGGACACGUCGGAUUCGACAGCCUGCCCGACCAGCUGGUCAGCAAGAGCGUCCAGAAUGGGUUCGUGUUUAACAUCAUGUGCAUCGGCGAGACGGGCCUGGGCAAAUCGACGCUGAUGGACUCGCUGUUCAACACGAAUUUUGAAUCGCAACCCAGUCCUCACACGCUCCCCUGCGUGAAGCUGAAGGCCCACACGUACGAGCUGCAGGAGAGCAUGGUUCGGCUGAAGCUGACGAUCUGCGACACGGUUGGUUACGGCGACCAGAUCAAUAAGGACGAUUCCUUCAAGUCGGUAGUCGACUAUAUUGAUCAGCAGUUCGAGGCGUACCUGCAGGAGGAGCUCAAGAUCAAGCGCUCCCUGUCGACGUACCACGACAGCCGCACGCACAUCUGUCUGUACUUCAUCUGCCCGACCGGCCAUGGGCUGAAGUCGCUCGAUCUGGUCUGCAUGAAGAUGCUCGACUCGAAGGUGAACAUAAUACCGAUCAUCGCCAAGGCGGACACGAUCUCGAAGACGGAGCUGGCCAAGUUUAAGGCGAAGAUUAACGAGGAGUUGCGCGCGAACGGCGUCCAGAUCUACCAGUUCCCGACCGACGACGAAUCGGUGGCGGAGGUGAACACCACCAUGAACUCGCACAUCCCGUUUGCCGUCGUGGGCAGUACGGACUUUGUGCGCGUCGGCAACAAGACGGUGCGGGCCCGCCAGUACCCAUGGGGUACGGUGCAGGUGGAGAACGAGGCGCACUGCGACUUUGUGAAGCUGCGCGAAAUGCUUAUCCGCACCAACAUGGAGGAUAUGCGCGAGAAGACGCACACGCGCCACUACGAGCUGUACCGGCAGAAGCGGUUGGAGGAGAUGGGCUUCACCGAUGUGGACAGCGAUAACAAGCCGGUCUCGUUCCAGCAAACGUUCGAGGCGAAGCGUAGCAACCAUUUGGCCGAGCUGCAGGCGAAGGAGGACGAGGUGCGUCAGAUGUUUGUGGUGCGCGUCAAGGAGAAGGAGGCGGAGUUGAAGGAGAGCGAAAAGGAGCUCCAUGCCAAAUUCGACAAGCUGAAGAAGGACCAUGCCGAGGAGAAGCGCAAGCUGGAGGAGUCGCGCAAAAAGCUCGAGGAAGAGUUCGUCGAGUUUAACCGGCGCAAGUCGCAGAUGACGGCACACCACACGCUGACGCUGGGCAAGAGCAAAAAGAAAUGAACGAGCUAAAGAGGGGCGCUUCUGGUGGUGGUUGUGGGGAGAGCGCCUUCCAGUGAAUUUCCCUUUUUUUUGCCGUUGAUUCUCAUUGCGUGUGCUUUUGCUCUAUUAUCUCUCUAUGGUUGCAGCACUGAAAAGGCUUGCUUUCAACAAUCCCGAGGAAGAGUUUUUUUGUUUCUAUAAUGAAAAAAGCGCGAUUUUUAUUCACUUUUUCACCAUCUUUCCCAUGUGUAUUAACUUCAGAUAAUAUUUUUUAGGCUUGAAAGUAUUUUGUAAAUUUAACUGAUUUCAUUAAACCCGUUUUCGUUACAACCGAAGCAGUAGACAAGCUUUUGCUUAGGAAAGUAAGGGAAACUAUCGAACCAAAACAAAGAAGAAACCGAAACAAAACGUGCAAAGUUUUUACUAGCAACAAUACAACAAAACGAAGCAAAACAAAAGUAUAAUGUUAAGAACAUUGAACAUGUAAAAUCUUCAGAAAGGAAAUCGUUUUAAACUGAACAAGGAGCAGAGAACGCAUAGCCAAAACUAGUAUUGCAGUAGGACGAGUGGAACGAAGGAUAACAAAUGGUAAGAAGAUUUUCUUUUAGCAAAACGAUUUAGGAAAACGAUUUAUUCUUGGCAAAGAUGCUUCACGUACAAACUAUGGCUUUCUCGUAGUAGCUGCACUGGUUAAUAGAUAGAGUUUUACCUGCUCAACCAAAAAAAAGAAGCAAAAAGGAGAUUAACGAAGGAAGAACAAAAUUCACCUAA